AUUCGACGUGCUUUUCAAUACGUACUCACGCGUAGAAAUGAAGCGCCAUCUGUUGAAGUUGAGAAAGCAUAUAUCUGUCGCGUGACAGUGUGAUCUGGGAUCAACCGACUUAAAUAUAAAGAAAUAAAAGGCCUUGUCAAUUAACGGUGUUAUCUUCAAUAUAGACCACAUUAGUUGAACUUGGCUUUAUUAAAAUUUGAUGCACUCGGACCGUAAAACAUAACUACAUUUAUGGAGUGGAUAGGCGAGAAAUGGCAUGGAUAUAUUUUAGAAGAAAAGAGAAAAUUAUUAGGCUGCUAACUAUUUAUUUCACUCUAGCAUCUCGUUAACAGCUCCGGAUUACUUUAAAAACAAGAAUGACAGUGCCAGAGGACCGGGAUUCAAACGGAAGCAGGGAUGGUGGAAAAAUUAUCCCCGAAGACGCGGAUGGCAUGGAAAGUGAAAUGUUGAUAAGUGCUAAAAAUAGUCAAUCUGAAAAUAUUGAAACUGAAAAACAAAAUGGGAGUCCAGCUGUUGCGAGCUCAGUAACAGAAUCUCAAGAGAAACGUGUCGAGUUCGAACUUCAGGAAACGGACAAAAAAGAUGACAGUAAAGAGACGAAGCCGGAAGAGGCUGCAUUAAUGUCCAUAGAAAUGUCCCAGCAGGCAAGCUGGAUGCCGGAUGGGGGGUGGGGUUGGGCUGUUGUGAUUGGAGGUGUCAUUGUGCACAUUUAUGUAGGUGGCUUGAUGAAGGCGAGCGGCGUUAUGUACAUGAAACUGAGGGACAAAUUCAACCAGAGUGCCGUGGCUACAGCUUGGGUCUUCUCAUUGUUCACUACAUUUUUACUCAUUAUGGGACCAGUAGCAAGUGCCUUAUGUCAUCGCUUUUCGUGUCGGAGUGUUGUGUUCUGGGGGAGCAUACUGUGUUUUAUAGGAAUUCUUAUUUCUGCCUUUGCCCCAAACCUGGAAUUUCUCUACUUCAGUUACUGUGUGGUAGGCGGGUUUGGUCGGUGUUUAACCUACACACCGAGUCUCAUACUUGUUAACAACUACUUUAACAAACGACGUGGCCUUGCCGUCGGUAUAACCACCGCCGGCGUCGGGCUAGGAAUGUUCACGUUCCCUCCACUUAUUGAGGGGAUAUUUGGUCACUAUGGUUACCAAGGUGCGAUGCUUUUGUUGUCUGCCAUCAGUCUACAGACGUUUGUUUGUGCAGCUCUGUUCAGACCAAAGGAUCUACAUCAGAAGAUCUCCAAAACUCAGCGAAUAAAUGAUCUGGUAAAAAUGGCACGUCGUGGAAGUGUUGAUGCUAAAAUGAUUGUUCAGCAGUUUAAUCCACAAAAGCCGCGAAAUAAACAAUUUGACGCUGUUGAGGGCGAUGACACAUGGCAUGGAAGCAGUGAAUUUUCCUCUACAUUAGAAUUCACGUACAUACCGGAACCGCCAACGAGAAGAAGAUCCGUAUUCUUUGACAAAAUGUCGCAAGUUAAACAAGUUUUUAAAAGCACACCGACGGAAGAGCGUAGACCAUUUCUAGAAUUGUCUCUCCUGAAAGACUUUCCGUUUUUGACUCUAUGUUUGUCAGUUUUAUUGUUUACGUCAUCCAUGAUGUCCGUAUUUGUGUUUUUCCCGCCUCUUGCAAGAUCAAAAGGCGUGUCUCAGAUGCAGUCGUCAUUCCUCGUGUCAAUAAUUGGCGCCAGUGACUCCGUCGCUCGUUUUACUUCCGGUGUCGUGUUGGACAUGAAAAAGAUAAAACCAUACCGGUUGUUAGUGUAUAAUGGCGUCAUGUUUGGGGUUGGAAUCGUAUGUAUGAUUAUGCCAUCCAUCGAAGGAUUUGGAGGGUUCGCUGCAAUUGCGGCUUGCUAUGGAAUUUUUACGGGUACUUACGUUGCACAGAAAUCUGUAGUAGUGGUGGAUGUUUUAGGCUUGGAGAAAAUGACAAGUUCAUUCGGAUUACUUCUUGGAUUUCAAGGAAUUGGAUCGCUUGUUGGUCCGACGGUCUCAGGACUAUUUCGGGACAUUUUUGGCUCGUACAAUGAAGCAUUUUAUUUCGGUGGAUUGGGGAUAUUUUUUGGUGGCUUAGUUUUAAUGUGCGGUAAUACAUGGAAAAUCAUCAGAGACAGACGUGCGAAACGAAAGGAGAAGAAAACAGAUACAGCUGAUGUUUAAUGUGUAGUGUGAUGUUGAAAUGUAAUAAACAGUAAAUUGUUUGUGUACAUUUCUUACAUGCUAGUGUUGUCUAUGAGUGAAAAUGAUUAUUUUACACAUAUAUGCGUGCAUUAAUUCUAGGUGGACCUUCGUUCUUCAAAGUUUUAAAAAAAUUUCUGCAGCAGCUCAGAGGUCCUAAAAAGACGUGACCAGCUUCAGGUAUGGUGUUGGCGGUAUGAUAAACAUUAUAAUGCAUUUUCGACACUUACGUUGUAGUAAAUAAUUAAAGGAAACAUAGACAUCAGAAAUGACACAGAGGUUGUGAUUAAGGUAACGGGCUCGUAGUUAUUAUAUAUUUUUGUAAAAUUUUCGGCAUCCGUUGGUACUAACAUACAUUUUUCAAUAGCUACCGGAAAGUGCCGAAAUCUGGUACGAAGAGAAUAUACGUCACCACACGGAAAAUGCCGACCAUUACCGUAAGUUUACAAUUACAAAUAAGUGCUGUGAUAAUUCUAUUAUUACUCGUUCUAUAGGCUAUUUUAUUGAAGUCGUAUAAGAUGUUAACACAGUGAAACAUCUAAAGAGCAACUUUUCUGCGAUGUCUGAAAUUGACUGAUUGAACAGAUGCUGAUUCGCUGGAGAGCAUGUUUAGACUUUGGAAAGUUGGUUAAAAGGGAAGCCUAUGGAAACAACAGAUAAUGUCGAUUUAACAUUUUUGUCGCACGAUGUCGUGAAUUUUGUGAACAAGUAAACGUUUUGGCCUCUAGAAAAGGUAGAAUAGUUGAAAUAAAGUAUAUAGUAUUA